GCAUAACGGUCAAUUCGAGACAACGAAGAACAACUAUUGUAUUCUUAAGUAUUUUUCUAUUUUAUAUGACUUGAUUUUAUUUUCAAAGAUACUUAUUCAUUCCUAUUCUCAUCUUUUUUUGACCAUGUGUUUUGUUUUUAUUAUAAAUAUUUUCCUAAUAUGAGAAUAAUGAAAAAAAAAUCAGAUAAAGCAGAAUAAUUUCAGGAUAGCUCCUUACAAUAGUUGGUAAUCCAAUAUGCGCAAAUAUUUUUUGUAUUUACUAAGUGUACAUUUUUUGCCUUUCAAAAAACUAUUAAAUAAUUUAUUUGAAGGACAGGUUAGCAUAACAACUGACUAGAAUUUUAAACUUGUAUCAAGCAUUCACAUUAAAAUAGAGGUAUAAAUAAUAAUUCGUUUUACUGCAAAAUAUGUUGCUAGCAAAUAAAUCAUGGAAUAAGAUCUAAGCCUGUUGAAGUACAGAAGUACAAACUUGGAUCUCUCCUUCACCGGUAGUGAUAGACGCAAGGUAACGAUCGUUUAUCAAUAAAGUUUCGUUAUGAACUACAUCACUAUUGCAUUUCUAAAAGAUUAAGUGAAACAGAAAAAUGAUGAAUGAAUGUCCCAAAGCAGCACGUAGAAUUAAACCAUCUUCGUGUGAUUAUAAAGAAUAUCUAAAUCGUGUUUGAUAUUUUAAUCCGUCGAGGAUUGUGCUAACAGCUUUUUUAUCGGUGUAAUAGGCCAAAGAACUUCACUAAAAUGUAGAAGAGAAUUAAGGAAUAGUAACAUACGAUCAUAAAUUGAUCCACCAAUGAAUAAAUUUUGAUUCAACAUGGUAUAAAUAUUAUAAUAGUGUUCCUUGCAUAUGAUUGUAUAUUAAUUAUUGUACUUAGAAUAAUCUUCUAAAGUACGAGUUUUUCUUGUUUUUCUUCAAAGUAAACCAAAAAUCGUGAACACAAUUUCCUAAAAACAAACAUGUGAAUAACUUCAAUAUACAAUGACGUUUUUUUUCUAUGGUAUCACAAAAUAUCAUUUUUCUUUAUCGAUUAAUUCUAUCUUUGAAAUCAAAACAACUUGUUGGUAUAGUUUUCGACAGUGAAUUUCCAAACGUUUAAUUUUAAAUAAACUAAAAUAAUUUUCUAAGAAAGUUUUUCGAAAAUAUUUUUUUCUCAUUCAAGUAUAUGCCACAUUUCUUCAUCAUCCUUUAACUUGAAUCCUUUAGUGGAUUCCAAGCUCCUCCGCUAUACUUCAACAUUGUUUUUUAGAUCAUGUUGUACAAAAUAAAACUAUAAACUAGACAAAACUUACAUUCUAUCAGAUCGUACCGAUGAUGAUCGCUAUUGAUUUGACAUAUCAGAAUUAUUUGAACGAACUUUUAACAUAAGAUCAUUAUGCGAAUUCUAAAUCAUACAAUACCGAUCUCUAUACGAUUUUGAUAUUCUACAUUGAAGCGUAACCAUCGAUCAUUUUUCAUUGGUCGUUGGACAUAACCAUUUAUUUAUGACGUAUAUCUCUAGGUACAAAACUAGACUUUUCGAUUAUUUUUGGCAUCAUAAUCGAUGAAAAUAUUAAAUCAUAUCUGUUAGUAGAACAUACACAAGAUUUUUCAUCUUCUAUUUAAUAUGAACCAAAAAUCAUUUCAGAUGAAUCGUUUUUUUAUUUCUUCGUUUGAAAUUCAUCUAUGAUUCGUUUAUGUUAUCGUUUAACAUCAACAAAUUUUAGUUUAACAAAUCGUGAUCGAAAAUGUUUUUAUAAAAAAGUAUCUGUUGUUGAAUCAUCACAAAUACCAACAAUAUAUGAAAUAUUACUUGAUCAACAAUAAAUUAAAAACACCAUUAGGUAAUAUAAUAAAAAGUUGAAAAUGAAUUACUUGCAUUAGCAAUUGCACAAAAAUGAAAUCAACAAUAUAAAAAAAUUGAUUUAUCAUCAAUGCAUUUAUAUUCUUUGAUGAAUACAUUAAAAUUAACUAAAAAUCAACUUAUAGAAAAAUUAAUGUAUUUUCUUGAUUGGGAUACAUUACUUUAUCGUUCAGAUCAACCAGAAGAAUUUCGACAAUUACAAAUUAAACAUUGAGAUCCUAUUUUAUUAUAUAUUAAAGAAUAAUUUCAUACUUAAAUUUUGAUCAAUCAUUAAUAAAUAUUAUUUUAUUUAUUGUUGAACAAUUAAAAUCUAUAUUAUUAACUAUUUGUUUAUUAAAACAAUAUCGUACAAUAGAAAAUAUUUCAACAUUAUUAAGACUUGAAACAGAAUUUCAAAUAUUACGUUGGAAUAGUGUUGAAUAUUAUCAUGAUCAUGAAAUGAUAGAUACACGGUCUAAAAUAUCAGCUGCUUAUUUUAUUUUCUAUUGUUUAAAUAAUAAUAUAAUAACAACAAAUAUAACCAAUGAAACAAGCUAA